AUAUGUAAACACUGAACAGCUGAUCGGUCGCCUUGUGGCUGCGGCAGCGGUCUCCCCCACACACAUUUCAUGGCUACUUCCACGCUUAUUUUAACCUCUACAUUCUUUCCUACGGUCUUCAUGAAGGCUUAAAGCCUCGUUACCUGCUGUGAUUCUCCUCCCUUAGUGUCCUUACCUGUGGCAGUGAUGAGGUGAGGCAGCUCCGUCCUCGUCUCUGCAUCCCAGCCAUGUCCAGCGGCGGGCAGAAUUUCGCUCGGGCACAGCUGGAAAAGUAUGGAUGGAGUCAAGGUAAAGGUUUGGGGCGGGAGGAGGGAGGCAUCACAGAGGCCCUCAAGCCCAAGCUGAAGUUCAACAGUACUGGCCUUGGGUACGAUAUCGGUGAGCAGUUCAAGUUUCACUGGUGGGACCAUGUCUUCAACAAGGCAGCCGACAACCUUAGCGUCAAGAAGGAUCAGGAUGGCUCAGUGCAGCUUGAGCAGACAGAGAGCCUGGAAGUGAGCACCAAAAGACCUUCGCUCAGCAACAGCAAGUCCAAGUUCUAUGGAGGCUUUGUAAAGGGAGGAACACUGGUGGGAGAGGGUGAGAGAGCCGAGACUGACACCAGUGAUGAAGAGGCUGAAAGGGACAGGUCUCUAAAACUCUCUGAUGAGGAGCUAUUCAAGAUUUGUAAAGGUCGUACUGCUCACAAGGGUGCUCGCCAUGGGCUGAAUAUGACGGCCAAGUUGGCACGUGUGAGGGAACAGGAGCUGCUGUUACUGCAGGAGUGGGGCGGGACAGAACAGGGGCAGAACGACUCAGACAAGUCACAGUCCAAGAAAAAAAAGGCCAAGAAGAACAAACAUGUGGAUGUGGUUGCAGAAAUAUGUGUUGAAACAGAACAGAAGAAUGCUGCUAAACCUAAGAAAAAGAAGAAAAGUAAGAAAGAUGGUGUCUCCGACCAGAGUGAGGGAAGAAUGAACACUUUGUUAGUGGAGCAUGAGGGAGUCCAGGUUCAUGAAGCAGUUAAUCCUCUUAAGAAAAAAAAGAAACGUGAUAAAACAAAGGUGAUGUCUGAGUGUGAACCAGAAUUGCACACAAUACAAAAGAAAAAGAAAAAGAAAAAAAAAGUAUGAUUGACAAAAAAUAAAAUAAAGAAACAUCAA